CGCGGACAUCUCCAUCUGCCGGUGUACGACAUUGUACAUAUAUACUCAAGUAAACUCGGUGCCUCCUGAACAUGAGCACUGACAUGGGCUCACGAAGAUGCAAGUUUGCUGAACGUACAUCAUAUCUCCACAGCUCACCCGAGAGCUGUCCGGAAGUGCAUUGGCCUGGACACCGCUUCGGCAGUUGACCGGUCGUUGAAAUCGUUGUAUGAUCAGGAGGAAUGAUGCAAAAGAGUCACGAGGUCAAUCUGGGACGGUGACUGAAUGUUAUUACACAAGAGCUGUGCGACUUCUACCUACCAUCCUUCUCGCUACUGGUCUUCGAUGUUCGAACCAUCCCAGACCUCCUCAGUUGUCCCCACGCAACAGAUUUUAAGCGGCGCCCUCAAUACUACGAUAGGCCAGGCGGUAUUCAAUAACGUCGGUCGUGAUCAGAAUUAUUUUACUGGAAACCCACUUUGGGAAGCGAUCGCAGACGUCGGAGCUUCCCAUAAUUCCGAACAACAGGUUGACCGCGGCCGUUGUCUCCCUGGAACUCGUGAAACAGUGCUCAAGCUUACAUCAGGAAAAACCCAAAUUGUGAAUUCGCCGUAAUUAACGCUAACCUUGUAAUUCACGCUUAUUGCUGUGCUUAGUCGUAAUUUGUUGUAGGUCAAUUAAAUUAAGUUACAGUGGGAACUAAAAUUUAAGGCUGCUUCUAUGCUGUUGGUGUGGUUGAUAACCAGCUUAUAACAGUCAGGAUCCAGAACCUGGCAUGACAAGCU